AAGUAGAUUAAUGAAAUGUUAUAUGCUCCCUCUUACCCCAGCUGCUACUUAUUUAUAUCACUGAUAAUAAUCUGGAUUGCCAUUGUAUACAGAGUGUCUGCCAGUUCUGAGUUCAUUAUGUCGGCAGAGACUGAACUUUCGAUGCAAUCGGGCCUUCAGUCUGUACUGCUUCCACCAGAUUUGACAACUCUGAGCCUAAUCGGACACCGACCACCGGCUCAAGGGCCCCACUUGGGGCAUCUGCCCCCAGCCCAUCCAAUGUCCCAAACAAACGCAGGCACGUCCGGUGCCCCUAUUGGCCCCACGACCACGGCAGUCGCUCUUCCUGGAACGUCUACAGCAGCAGGCGCGGCAGCAGUUGCAGGUCCUUUAGCAACAGUUUCUCCUCCGGCCGAGCCUCCAGUGUUUCAAUGUCCCCGACGGCCCAAUUUGGGACGCGAAGGACGCCCGAUUGGCUUGAAAGCCAACCAUUUUCAAAUAUGCAUGCCACGGGGAUUCGUUCAUCAUUACGAUGUCAAUAUUCAACCCGAUAAAUGUCCCAGAAAGGUCAAUCGGGAGAUCAUUGAAACGAUGGUGAAGUCCUAUGGGAAAAUAUUCGGCACCUUAAAGCCUGUUUUCGAUGGACGGAAUAACCUGUAUACUCGGGACCCGCUGCCUAUCGGAAAUUCUAGAGAGGAGUUGGAAGUCACACUGCCAGGCGAAGGAAAAGAUCGGCUGUUUCGGGUCAGCAUUAAAUGGGUUGCUCAGGUAUCUUUGUAUGGUCUGGAAGAGGCGCUUGAAGGACGCACUCGGCAAAUUCCAUAUGAAGCUAUUUUGGCCUUGGAUGUGGUGAUGCGACACUUACCAUCAAUGAGCUAUACUCCAGUAGGCAGAAGUUUUUUUAGCAGCCCCGAAGGAUAUUACCAUCCUUUAGGAGGGGGACGAGAAGUUUGGUUCGGAUUUCAUCAAUCUGUUCGGCCCAGUCAAUGGAAAAUGAUGCUCAAUAUAGAUGUGUCAGCUACAGCAUUCUACAAAGCGCAACCUGUGAUAGAAUUUAUGUGCGAAGUCCUAGAUAUAAGAGAUAUUAACGAGCAACGUAAACCAUUGACGGACAGCCAACGGGUUAAAUUCACAAAGGAGAUCAAGGGUUUGAAGAUUGAAAUUACCCAUUGUGGGGCCAUGCGAAGAAAAUACCGAGUAUGUAACGUUACUCGGCGACCAGCCCAGAUGCAAUCGUUCCCACUGCAGCUUGAAAACGGACAGACUGUGGAAUGUACUGUUGCUAAAUACUUCUUGGAUAAAUAUAAAAUGAAACUGAGAUAUCCGCACUUACCAUGUUUACAAGUGGGGCAGGAGCACAAGCACACUUACUUACCAUUGGAGGUCUGUAAUAUUGUUGCUGGGCAAAGAUGUAUCAAGAAGUUGACCGACAUGCAGACCUCGACCAUGAUUAAAGCCACGGCCAGAUCUGCUCCAGAUAGGGAACGAGAGAUCAACAAUCUAGUACGGAGAGCAGAUUUCAACAAUGACGAAUAUGUUCAAGAAUUUGGGUUGACGAUAUCGACCAGUAUGAUGGAGGUUCGAGGGCGAAUUUUGCCACCACCGAAACUACAAUAUGGUGGGCGCGUAGCAUCCCUAAGCGGACAGGUGGGCUGGCACAGCAAGCAGCAAGCCUGUCCAAAUCAAGGUGUGUGGGAUAUGAGAGGGAAACAGUUUUUCACUGGCGUUGAAAUUAGGGUUUGGGCAAUUGCUUGUUUUGCUCCUCAGCGUACCGUGCGAGAAGAUGCACUGAGAAAUUUUACGCAACAACUACAGAAAAUUUCAAACGAUGCUGGAAUGCCGAUAAUCGGGCAACCCUGCUUCUGCAAAUAUGCCACCGGUCCUGACCAAGUCGAACCGAUGUUUAGAUAUUUGAAAACGACUUUUCAAGCUUUGCAGUUGGUGGUUGUUGUUUUGCCAGGGAAAACUCCGGUUUACGCUGAGGUUAAGCGCGUAGGAGAUACUGUGCUGGGUAUGGCAACGCAAUGUGUUCAAGCCAAGAACGUUAACAAAACAUCCCCCCAAACUCUGUCAAACUUGUGUCUUAAAAUCAAUGUGAAAUUGGGAGGAAUUAACAGCAUCCUUGUACCAUCGAUUCGCCCGAAGAUUUUCAACGAACCAGUCAUUUUCUUGGGCGCCGACGUAACUCAUCCUCCAGCGGGCGAUAACAAGAAACCUUCGAUUGCUGCUGUGGUGGGCUCCAUGGAUGCUCAUCCGUCCCGAUACGCUGCUACUGUUCGUGUACAGCAGCAUAGACAGGAGAUUAUACAGGAACUCAGCUCGAUGGUUAGGGAACUUUUAGUUAUGUUUUACAAAUCAACUGGUGGUUAUAAACCGCAUCGAAUAAUCUUGUACCGAGAUGGAGUGUCUGAAGGGCAAUUCCUGCAACUACUCCAGCAUGAACUAACUGCAAUUCGUGAGGCGUGUAUUAAGCUCGAGACCGACUACAAGCCGGGAAUAACCUUCAUUGUUGUACAAAAGCGGCAUCAUACAAGGCUGUUUUGCGCAGACAAGAAAGAGCAAAGCGGUAAAAGCGGAAAUAUACCUGCUGGCACAACUGUUGAUGUUGGUAUAACACAUCCAACCGAGUUUGACUUUUAUUUGUGUAGUCAUCAAGGCAUUCAGGGUACAUCAAGGCCGUCACAUUAUCACGUUUUAUGGGAUGAUUCCCACUUGGACUCUGAUGAAUUACAAUGUCUCACUUACCAAUUGUGCCAUACGUAUGUGCGUUGUACACGCUCAGUUUCAAUCCCCGCGCCAGCUUAUUAUGCGCAUCUUGUGGCAUUUAGGGCUCGGUAUCACUUAGUUGAAAAAGAACAUGACAGCGGAGAAGGAUCUCACCAAUCGGGUUCCUCAGAGGAUCGCACACCAGGUGCCAUGGCCAGAGCAAUCACGGUGCAUGCUGAUACUAAGAAAGUAAUGUAUUUCGCUUAGGAGUCUUCCACAGCUUAAACAAGAUUCCUAUGCAGAAUGUAGUAUGCAGCUAAGUUACAUUUUUUCCGACAUUACUGACCAAAAAAAAUUGAUCUGUUAACUCUCAGGUCUUCUAAAAGCGGAGUCAUUAAUUUUAACUUUUAUUGCCAGCGUGGGCUUGAGGGGCGAUCACCUUCAGCUUUACUAUAAACUCUUACGGUGAUCUUUCUUAAGUCAAAAAUCUUAUGAAUAUGGCACAUCUAUUGUUUUUUUCGGAGGAUCGUCCUUCUUUUGGUUUUGAUCUCGAGAAAUGACGAUUAAAAUUUCUACAAUAUUUGUGGUACAAUGUCCAAGCAUUAUCGAAUUAAUCCACCGUAUGCCGUUUGCAAUGAUAUUCCUUCAGAGAAACGCGCUUGAUUUUUUAUUGAAUCUAUGUGGGUACUCAAAUUGGAGAUAUAUUUAAAAUGAAAAUCAAUUAUGUGCCUGAAAUCGAUGUGUAUUUAUAGAUUUAGGUGACAAGGUAGGUAAGUACGCGAUAUAACACCAUUUACUCUUGAUAUAACCCCAUUUACAAUAGUAAUUGCGUUUAUAUCGCGUGUAAGAUAAGUAUUACAAUGCAAAACACAACCAAGCUAGACAAAAAUUAGAUUAGUGCAAUUAUUGAAACAGAUAUGGCAAGAAACAAAAGUAAAAUGUAUGUUUCAGUACAUUUAAGGAUUUCAAUUAUUUUCGUGAUGUUAUACAGUUUAUGAACGUUUUAAACGAUGCAAACGUUAUGAAGUAAUAAUUAAACUCGAAAUGCAAUAGGCUCUAUUGAUUAAUUAUGCUCUACUUACGUUAGUCAUUCAUAUUAGAACAUUGUUGCCUUACGUUUUAGCAUAAAUUCCCACACACAUUUUGCUCACUUUACUCCGAGUUCUAUUUUUUCAAAUCGAAAAAUACUCAAUAUGGUUCAUCUUCAAUUAGAGCCAGUUUUCUUAUUAGAAAACAUAAUGGUCCUUAGAAAAGUACUUUAUCUGUCAAUUGUGUGUGUUUGCAAAUCGUAAAUGUAAGCAUCUCAGUCAUAAGUAUUUUUAUUCCAUUUACGUGGGUCAAGUUAAAGCUUUAAAUAGAAUUACUUGUUUUAAAUGUGUCGCUUCGGUUGGUUCUUUCUAUAUUUUGGUUUCAAAUUCAACAUGCUGGAUUCCACCCAACCUUGUACUUUAUUUCAUUUUGAAAAAGUUAGUUCUAUUUUGCUAAUAUAGCAUGUAAACACCAUGUUAGCAAAAUAAUUUAACUGCAAAAAAUUUCCAAGAGUCAGACUCACUUUCCCUAAAGAUGGUAUAUAAAGUUUUUUAGUGAAUCACAUUUACAUGAUUAUCUAAAUGAUUGUGAAUGCAUUAUCGUGGGUUAUUUUUGAAUUUGGAUAUUGCACUUGGUAUAUUUUGUCUGGAAUUAAUUUGCUGUAAAUAUUUUUAAUUUUUUCCUACUUAACUUGACGUAACUGAUGUAAUAUGUUUGCUUCAUUUCUUUCUUACUUUCCCGUACGACAUUAUAAUGACGUUAUCCGAAUACAACACUAUAGUUAUAGUCGAUAUUAUAACAUUAUUAAACUGACAUCGUAUAUUUACGAAUUUAGACGAUUUCAGCUAUGUACAUUUUAAGAUAUAUUUUAGUAGCUUUUAUGCAGGUAAAAAAUAAAACAUUUAUAAUAACGAAAAUUUGUGGAACGCAUUGUCUCCUUAAAAUAAUUGCACUGUCAUGUUGAAUUUGGAACUGUAUUGAGGACAUAAUUAUGAAUGUUGUGUGUGAUCUAACUCAAAACUAUGCUGUCGCCUUGUAAUUAAUCGAAAUGUAUCUAAAACUCCAUAUAUUGUAGAAUAUGGGCUCUACUUUUAAAGUGAUUGAUGCAUAAAGGUGUUCUCAUCGCCAAUCACUUUGGUAGAGCCAAAUUAGUCUUUACUGAAACACAUUAACCGUGCAUCAGCAAUCAAAAAUUAAGUAUUUUUAAUUUCACAUCCUUGUUCUCCUAACUGAAAUUAAUUGUUUCAAUUUCUCCCAAAAUAAUCAAUUAGGCUGCUUUAUUGAUUUCAUAGUUCGCUUUAAUUUAAUGUCGUAUACAUUAAAAAAAAAUCGUAUUGAAAUCUCGACAAUAAUUUAUGGUCAAAAAUUGUAAUGCAUUCCAUGAGCACAAACAACUAUUUUGCCAAAAGGAAACUAAAAUCUAAAUAUUUAUUUUUAUUAUUUGUUACUAUGAUAAUGUUAACUAAUUUUGAUGUUGAUUUGACAAAAUCAACGUCUUGUACAUAGCAUCAUAUUUCAAAUUCUUCCUAACAGAGGAAUUAUUCUAAAACUAACUUGUCAUGUUAUUUUCAAUCAUUAUUAUUAAAAACAAGUCCAGAAAUAAUUUAUUUAUAUACAUUUUGCAAAUUUCCAACCGACAGCAAAUCAUUCUAGUUUAUAAGAAAGUAUUUUUCUUUCUGUGUAAUGUGCAGAAAUUGGUUUACUAAAAUGUGUUAUUGGUAAGUCACUAUAUUUGAAUCGCAAAUAUUGUCAUUCUUUAAACAAAGAAUGUUGACAAUAAACAAUCGUCAACAAUAUAUUUUAGAAAACUUAAAUAAAUCACCAAAAACAUGUGCAUGGUUAUACAGAGAGAAUUAAUUGGUAAAAAGGUUAUAUUAGGUUUAAGUGCGCAUAUAAUGCUGGGAGCCGUUGAUUGAGAUCGAUUAUUCUAAUUAGUAUAAUGUAGGGUAAGUUCUUCUCUUCAGUCUUGGAAAUCAUUGAUAGAUCUCGUACGAUGCCAAAGAUUUUUUAAACGGUGUAAUUUGUACUUAACUGUGACUGCAUUUCGUUGUUAAUGUUCUGUAAAUUGUAAUGGUGUUUUUCCAUUUUCAGCUUCCUAAUGUAGAACGAAAGCGUCCCAUUCCAGAAAGUAAUUGUCUUAUAGCAUCAUUAUGCUAAUUUAAUCAUUGUUCUAGUCAUUUUGUCAAGAGGAUUUUCUAUUAUUAUAAUGACAUCCUUUGUCUUGAGACAGCAGGGUAUACGAAUUUAAAUGCAACAACUCGAUUUCCAAAAAACCGGGCAAUAAAACCGAUGCUAUGGAAACGAUCUAUCAAUGAGUUCUAAAACGUAUAUCACCAAAACAUUAUAUUAAAUGUUGAUUUGUUACUCUUUUAGGUUGUAAUCCUCUAAUCUUACGUUGCCAAUAUUAGAAUUUAGUAUUUUUCAUUAAGCACUUAAUUUGUUCUCCCUACUAAAGCGUUAAUGCAAAUACUUUAAAGUAAGCCCCUAUUGCAUAUCACAUUUUUUAUAUUUUAAGUCAAGUUGCCAAUUGCUCUAUACGUGUUCUUAUACAUCCUAGGUUAAGAUGACCAAAGUGAAAAAGUAAGGGAGAUUUAACGAAAAUGUUCAAAACCAGUUUCACAACUGUAUUUCUUAGCAAAUAAUUAUUUUUUAAUAUGAAAAUAAAGUUGACCGUCUCCAAAGACAAAGUGAAACUCUCAUUUGUGAUGCAUUUAACACAGCCAACAUACUAACAUUCCUUUAAAGAGAAAUUUGAUAUAUCUCAACAAUGCACUAUUUCAUCGAUCUCUUUUUUCUUAUUUAAACAAAUACAUGUUAUUUAAACGGGGUGUAUCAUGGGGCUCUCGCGAAGAUUCUCUAAAAGGCCUUUCUUUAAUUGUUUUAAAUUAAGAGCGCAUAAUUUGUUCAUAGAUAAAAAGCUUUUAACUACCUGUCCGUAUCAAAACACGAACUUAAAAACAUUGUGAUGAUAAAAUCGAGGUCAAUUUACGAGUAAAGGUAAGAUAUGGAUCCCUAACUUUUUUGCUUUGCGUUUUACACGUUUUGCGGCCUUUCGAAUUUAGUUACGAGUGACAAAAUGCCAAGGAAUAUUUUUAUUAUUUAAUUUCUACAAUUAAGGCUUUAUGUUUAAUAAUCUGUAUUUUAUCAGCUAAUAAAUGAUUAACUUAAUUGA